AGAAAGCCGCGGACGACGACGUCCAGAAAUCCGACAUCUCCUCCAGCAGCCAGGGGGUCAUCGAGAAGGAAUCCCUGGGACCUCUGCUCCUUGAGGCCCUGGACGGGUUCUUCUUCGUGGUGAACCGGGAGGGGCGGAUCGUGUUCGUGUCGGAGAACGUGACGGGAUAUCUGGGCUACAACCAGGAGGAGCUGAUGAACACCAGCGUCUACAGCAUCCUGCACGUGGGGGACCACGCCGAGUUCGUCAAGAACCUGCUCCCCAAAUCCCUGGGUAAGGGA